AUUAUUUAUAUUCACUUUCUUGAAUUUUCUUUUUGUUUAUUUCUCACCGGAAUUAACAAUAAUAUGGAGAAUGUCAAAGAUCCCACAAAAUAAAUAGCUGAAAAGAUCCUCUGCUUUUUUGAAGUUUGAACACAAUAAAAGUCCGAAAAUUGCCGGCUAUGGCCGGCAAAUUCUGUGUCAUCUUUUUUGUACAGUCUUUUUCUUUACUCUCUGAAUCUUCACCAUGUGUCUCACUGUCUUUCUCUCUGAUAUUGCCACUUUCCCUUAUUUGCUCCUAUGUAGUCUAUCUUCAAGACCACACUAAAAGACACUAUGGGCUGUGCACAAGCCAAGUAUUCAACAAAUUCACCAUCAAAAGGUUUACAAAGACUAAAAAUGGAAAAUGGGUAUGUGGGAAAUGGAGGAUUUGCGGCUCGUAGAAGGUCAACAGGGCAGAGGUACUCUGGUAGAGGUAAACUGAAUAAUUCUGAACCUCCACCGCCUAGGAACUACAAUGGUGGAGGAUUAUUAGGUAGAGGUGACACCGGUGGCACUGGUGGAGACAGUAAAUUAAGUUAUGGAAAUGGAGAAAAAGAUUGCAUUGAUGUUGUUCGUAGAAAUGACAAAGUUUUUGUUGUUGACGGAGUGCAAGUAGUAGAUGGGUGGCCUAAAUGGCUCACUGAUAAUGUUCCUGAAGAGGUUUUGGCAGGUUUAGUUCCAAAAAGUGCCGAAAAUUAUGACAAGAUUGAUAAGAUAGGCCAGGGUACUUACAGCAAUGUGUAUAAAGCUAGAGAUAGAGACACUGGAAAAAUUGUUGCCUUGAAAAAGGUCCGUUUUGACACAUCAGAACCUGAAAGUGUGAAAUUUAUGGCACGAGAGAUAAUGAUUUUACAGAAGUUAGAUCAUCCUAAUGUGGUAAAGCUUGAAGGACUAGCCACAUCAAGAAUGCAGUUUAGUCUUUAUCUUGUUUUCGAUUUCAUGUUGUCAGAUUUAGCAUCUAUCAUUACCCGCCCUGAAGGAAGGCUUACUGAACCACAGGUUAAGUGCUACAUGCAUCAACUGCUUUCAGGUCUGCAACACUGCCAUGAAAGGGGAAUUCUGCAUAGAGACAUUAAAGCGUCUAAUUUAUUAAUCGAUAAAAGUGGGACGCUAAAGAUUGCUGAUUUUGGGCUUGCAAAUUAUUAUUCUCCUAAAAAGAAGCGUCCUUUAACGAGUCGAGUUGUGACACUUUGGUAUAGAGCACCUGAGCUAUUGCUGGGAGCAACAGACUAUGGACCAGGUAUCGAUCUUUGGAGUGCUGGAUGCCUCUUGGCAGAGAUGUUUUCUGGCAGGCCAAUCAUGCCUGGAAGAACAGAGGUGGAGCAGCUACAUAGGAUUUUUAAGCUAUGUGGAACGCCAUCAGAAGAGUAUUGGAAAAAGCUAAGGCUGUCAACUACAUUCCGACCUCCAAAAUCGUACAAACCUAGUCUUUUUGAAGCUUUUGCAGAGUUUCCUGAAUCAUGUUUAGGUCUAUUAAGCACUCUUCUUGCUUUAGAUCCUGCUUAUCGAGGUUCUGCAUCUUCAGCUCUGAAGAAUGAAUUCUUUUACACAAACCCUUUGGCAUGUGAUCUAUCAGGUCUACCUGUGAUUUGGCGAGAGGAAGAUGAAAUAGCUCAAGUUAGUGAACAGAGAAAGCACAGAAAAUCUAAAAUGAAAAGAAGGUCUCGAACUUACCGUGAGCAUCAAAGAAGGGAUUUAUUGGCCGAAGGACCUAAAGAAGAUCCUAGACAGUCUAAAGAGGAGCCAGAAAAUCUUACUAAGCCGAAAGUCCAAAACCAAGAGCCAAGUAGCAGUAGUACUAGCAGCAGCUCCUCUCGUUCGAAGCUGAAUUACCGGGGCAGAAGCCCAACUUUGUCGCUUUACCCAUCUGCAUCUUCUAGGAAAAUGAUGUCUCCGAGCAUCCAAGGCCUACCUCCAUUACCUGCUUAUAAAACUAGCAGCAUCAAAUAUUAUAAUGACAGCUUCUAUAAAUUAAGCCAAGUGGGUAGAUCUGCUUCCACAAGAGAAUUUAGAAAACAAAAUCAAAGGAAACAUUUUGAACUCUAUGCAACUGAGAACUAGGACAUGCUAGAUCAGAUUAAGCUGCAGAUCUUUCUUCGUUGUUGUAGUUGCAGUAUAUUCAGGUUUCUUUUCUUUUCUUUUUCCUUACAUAUAUUUUCUACACAUAUAUACAGAUUAUUGCAUAUUACACUAAGUUUCGUAAUAAUAAAAGAUUGUGUUUUCUUUGCUCCGCAAA